GACUCUCCGGAAGUACUUCCGGUUAGGUUGUUUUGAGUUCUCUCGAAUGUUGAUUCUUGGUGAAUCGUUCGAUAUUUAUGUUAAAAUCAAGAGCUGCCACUUACUUAAGAAAGAGCGAACACUGCUUGAUACCCAUGGGAAGUCGUGGUUUUGAUAGGAGACGAUCGAAUGACUCGAAAGGAGGGUAAGAAGUUAUCGGCUUAUAACCACCUCAAAAAAAAAAAUAAAGAGGCAGUGGAGAGUGAAUUAGUUGAGGUGCAAAGCGAUAUGAAAGGCCAUGUAAUCGGUAAGGGAGGCUGUAACAUUAAAGAGAUCAUGGCGAAAUCUGGAGCAAAGAUCAGCUCUAGGAGAGAUGAGGACAGCUUCUCAAUCAGCGGCGAUACUGAGCAACGAGCACGUGCAAGGAGUCUUAUUUUAGAGAAGGUGCAAGAAAUACAGCGAAAGAGAAACGACCCACGUUCCCUUGGUGAACAUGUAGAGAUUCCUCAAGUUUACAAAGGCUUGGUAAUGGGUAAAGGAGGCGAUAAUCUCCGUGACAUCAGCACUCAAACUGGUGCAAAAGUCACAAGGAAAGACGGUGAAGUAUAUAUAGCUAGUGGAACUGAACAGCAACGACAACAGGCCAAACUGUACAUUAGCACUAUCAUCGCUGGAGCAAGAAUGAGGGGAGUGGAAAACGAAUUCAACAAAGUAUGUCGUUUCAUUGAUGGCUGUAAUCUGCCAACUGAUUGUAAGCUGAGGCUGGAGCAAGUUUCUGAGGGAGAUCGUAUGGUUCAUCCAGGAAUGCAAAGUCAAUAUCGACUGAAACCUACUGAGGACUAUGAACAUCAGGAACCAAAUAGUUCUACUGAUGGUUAUCACUCGCAAAUUAUGGAUGCUGCAUUAGAGGCACUGCGUCAAAUAAAGUAUGAAACCGAAGAGCAACCGAAGGCUGACAUGUGGUGUCACUUGGGAACGGCCAUAAUCCGAGGAGCCGAUGAAGAGGAAGUGACUGAAGGGGAAUGGAGUAUUGAUGAGGUUACAGGAAAGCUUCAAUCUUCAGAAGCAGAAAACUAUUGGAAAGUAGCCUUUAAAGAAGGUGUGAAUCUCGAUGAGAAAAUCCUGAAGGGUAAUUUGUGCGAAACGACGACUGAGGAUUUCAAAGUGAGAUAUGAUUUAACAUAUUUGACGCCAUGUGGGCACCAAGUGCGAUGCAAGGUGUGGGUGGCAAAGGCAGAUAUAAAUAAGAAGUUGGAGGAUAUUCCAAUCCCUUUCAGCGACGUGAAGAAUAUUCUCGAGACAAUUCACUUUGAGGACGAGGUAACACGGUCGAGAUGCCAGGGAUGGCUGGUUCUUCCAUCUCGAAGAUAUUUACAGGCCGAUAUUUUGUUUCCCAGUUGUGAAUUUGAUUGCAGGUUAACCAUUCGAGGGCGAACAGAUCGUGCGGUCAACGCAGACUAUGCACCAGAUGAAGAAACAAGACUUAUCAUGUCAAAGUAUCUCUCUGGACUCACCUUCGAUGAUGAAGAUGAUUUCGGACUCCGCCUUCCAGAAGAAACCAUACCCGAGGGAUUUCACUUGAUCCAUAAACGCUCCUCCAAACGAACUUUGUACACCGCCAAUGAGGGAUACGCGAUCAUUCUUUCCAAAGAAAGCUCGUGGCGAUGUGACAUCCUAAACGAAGACUCCAGAGAAUCGACUGAUCUUCAUUUGCACUGUAAAGAGUGGGAUGAGGCACUUUGCACCAAGGACUGGGAGCCAGAUGCCAUUGUUGCAAAACUUCCGGAGUUCUUGAAGUUUUUGAAACAAGUUCAAAGUUUUGUUGCACAAGAAAUGGCAGAGUGAAAUUUUCUUAAAGGACUAUAGUUUUUGUAUUAUAUUUUUGUGAAAGAUUUUAAAUGUUUCUGAAAUUUUUGUGAUAUGUUGGAAACAUCGUUCACAAAUUUCGUUAAUAUCAAGUCCAGCCCUUCUCGGAAAAAUUCAAUUUUAAACCGUCAAUUUCAAACUACUGGUGGUAAGUUUUUCAGUAUGCAGGCAUUCUUGAUGGGCAGCCCCAACUCUUCUGACCACUGAUUAGAUUUUUUUUAGUUCGAAAAGCUGACUCAGAAUUUACACCUAUUUAUUCUGUUUUCAGCCCGGUACUUCCGACAACGCCUGUUUUGGUAAUAUCCAGGACGCUUGUCGUAAUCUAAGGCUUAAACUAAGCAAAUACCCAGAUAAUACGUUUGCCGUAACAAAAAGUGGUGAUGACCAUGCAAGAUCUGGCUCUCGCAAGCUGAAAGUUUUUUUUAGGAACAGCUUACAAUCAGAAACGUUUUCUUCGUGGGAUGUUGACUCUUCAGGGAUAAUUCAAAAGACUUCUUAAUAUCGUAUUCAACGUAUUCGAGGAGACCUCAACCUGUUGCCUAAAAGAGGUACAGUUCAAGGCCUUGUCAGUUUCAAGCGGGCAACCUUUUGCUCCACCAAAUAUUCUUGACAUCGACUGACAUAAGAAUUUUUGACGAGCAAAGUUAAGAGUUAGGUAGAAGUGGGUAGGACAUCCAGAUAUUCAGGAAACAACUUUUUCUUGGUUACAACCGUUGACGCUGAUAAAAAUAAGGAGAAAACAAGGGACGGCAAAACUGUUCUUAAAAUACCGAAUAAAAAUAAAUUAUUCUCGAUACGUCAAUCAUGAGCUCUUUUACCCGCGGCUUGAUUUCCGGU